AUGCAACUAUCACGCAAAUCAAACUCGGAGCAUCUACCCUGGGUCGUUCAAAAGUAUGGCGGAACUAGUGUAGGCAAAUUUCUAAACGAGAUAGCCGAUACCAUUAUUCCCACCUAUCUAGAGUCCAAUAAAGUGGUCAUUGUCUGUUCAGCCAGAAGUGGAAAGACCAAAGAGAAAGGCACAACGAACAUGCUUCUACAGGCAGCAAAGGAAGCACUUACAGAGGGAUCGAAUAGGCAUUUAGAAAUUGUGGAGGAAAUCGCACAGGAUCAUCUUCAUGCAGCUCGAGCGGCUAUUAAAAAUCAAGAAAUUCUUGCUCAUGUAGAAUGUCAAUUGAAGGAAGAGUGUCUGAAGUUAAGAUCCUUUCUAGAAGCAGCGGAAAUUAUAGAUGAAAUUUCUUCAAGGUCGAAAGAUAUUAUAGUAGGCAUGGGUGAAAAAUUGUCUUGCAUUAUAGCAACAGCAGUAUUGCAGGAUAGGGGAAUAGACAGUCGGUUGAUAGUUUUGAACAACUUGAUUGAGCGUGAAUUCACUGUUUUGGACCAGUCCUUCUAUGAUUAUAUCGCACAAAGAUUGGAAGAGGUAAUACAAGAAUGUGGACAGCGCGUUCCUGUUCUUACUGGGUUCUUUGGAAAUGUGCCCGGCAGCUUACUCAAUACGAUUGGUAGAGGGUAUACAGACCUUUGUGCAGCAUUAGUAGCUGUAGGUUUAAAAGCUCAGGAGCUUCAAAUUUGGAAAGAAGUGGAUGGCAUAUUUACAGCUGAUCCACGUAAAGUCAAGAAUGCACGUCUCAUACCUGUCAUUACACCAGAGGAAGCAGCCGAAUUGACGUAUUACGGCUCGGAAGUGAUUCAUCCAUUUACUAUGGAGCAAGUCAUUCGAUCGGGUGUACCCAUUCGUAUAAAAAACGUUGAAAAUCCUGGAGGCUCUGGUACCAUCAUCUUCCCGGAUCAAGCGCAUAACCUUCUUAAUAGCAGUGACUCUGUACCAAAGGAUAAUGUUGAAGAACAAGAAGAAGGAAAGAACGGCAACAAAAACGAUACGAUACCUACUCAUCAUCUACCCUCACCGACAUUAUCUGUUGCCAUCUUAGCACAGAACGGUUAUCAUAAAGACCUAUCGAGAAAACAUCCCACAGCCAUUACUGUAAAAAAUAACAUCUGUAUCCUCAACGUACACUCCAAUCGCAAAAAUGUAAGCCAUGGAUUUUUGGCAAAGAUUUUUAUGAUCCUUGACGAACACAAUAUCGUGGUUGACUUGAUCUCAACAUCUGAAGUGCACGUAUCUAUGGCGUUAUCUUCUGACGCAUUGCUAGAUGCUCAAUUGGAAAAAGCCGUGAUGGCUUUGGAAUCUUUAGGAAGCGUAGCGGUCCAUCCCAAUAUGGCUAUUUUAUCGCUUGUAGGGAGACAGAUGAAAAAUCUGGUGGGUAUGGCAGGCAAGAUGUUCAUGUCGUUAGCGGAAAGUGGUGUCAAUAUCGAGAUUAUCUCACAGGGAGCUUCGGAAAUUAACAUUUCAUGCGUAGUACAAGAGAAAUUUGCAUUACAUGCUUUAAGAGCAAUCCAUGAAAAGCUAUUGAAUGUAGAUCCUAGUGUUGUUUAA